AUGGAUCGGUCCGCAGCCGUCGAAAUGGUGUCGCGCCUACCGCACGUACCCCGUCGGAUGGUGUGCAAUCGCCUGGCACCGCGAGAACUGUAAGUUUCCCUCCGUUUUCUGCGAAUUUCAAACUAAUAUUAUCGAUUUCAGAUUGUUCGUGUCGUUCCAGACCGAGAGCUGCCGUCAAGAAGCGACGAGAUUGGCCAAGCGGAUGGGGCUCUACGUGCUGGUGGAUGUGCACGGGCGGUCCCGAUCGGAGACGGUCCUCGAGUUGGUCUUGGACUUUCGGGACCAGGAAACCGACGAGAAAGUGGCCGAGGGCAGGGUCGAGUUCGUGCAAGUGCCACGACUUCACUAUGAAGUGACGUGGCCUUCCGAGAGGCAGCUCGUUGUGAGGUGUCCGUCAAUGGACGUGCUCACCGAGCAACUUUUGCACUUGCAUGGACUGCUCCACUCGUUUUUCGAGGUGGAGUUCUCCAAAGUGCACACCUCCGCGCGAACCCCGCUCCUCGCCCUCAAGAGCAUGAUCGGUGAAGGGACCGUCGAGGACCUGGUCUUCGGGGACCACGCGAACGUUCUUGUGCCCGGACACGUGUUCAACGACUUUCUCGUCGACGUGCAAAUCACCGACAAGCUCGAGAUCGGUGUCCGCAGCGAUGCGAGCUUCGACUUUCAAAAGUUGAGAUCGUGUCCUCCGCUGCUCAAGUGCGCAUCCGCCGAUUGGCUGACCGGCGAGCAUCUGCUGAGCUUCGAGUUCAAAAGUGUCGAGCUGAGAGGGACCACCGUCACGAGUCGCGACUUUAACCGUUUCCUGCGUGCCUGGGCGAAUGGAUCCAUCCGAAAUGCUGUGCAGUACGAGUUCGUCUCCGAAGUGCACAAUCUUCAAAUCGACAAUGUUCUGGAAGGCGUUCGAGCGGAAAGGUACGACCAGAACAAGAACUUCUCGAGGGAUAUCAAGUUCAUCAAAAAGUUCGGAGUCCACGAUCCGAGCGGCUAUUCCCCAAAGUUCAUCGACAUGCGCAACGCCUACGACAUUCGGAACGUCUAUGGUCAGGUGGGUUCGGUUUGCGUUGGCGCGAAUUUCGUCAACUUCUGCGUCUGGGCGCAGCCAUUCGAAGCACUCACGGUGCUCGGACGCCUCGGCAAUUUGGUGGACCGAGUGGAUCGACUGCUCCAACGAAUCGACGCGCCCACUCUGGAACUCGCCGAGAUCGCCGCCGCCUCGUUUGAGACCGUGUCGCAAUUGGAGCAGGCCGAUCCGCUGAUGUUCGAGCGUCUUGGGACCAUGGGGCGAGCGGCUGUGCAGGGAAUUAAGGACAAGGAGGCGUGUGGCAGGACGUUUGACGAUUACUAUAAUUAA